CUUGCCUUUGCCCCCUUUGUGUCGAAGAGGAGGAGCAAAAGGAGGGAAGGAAACGGACACCAUCUUUGUAUACAUAUACUCUCUCUCUCUCUCUCUCUCUCGUUCUUCAUUCCUCGAGGAACAAUAGCCCAAGGGCGACAUGAGCAGGCCACUGGGUUCUGAGACGGUUGGUGUGAAGAAGGGUCCUUGGACGCCAGAAGAGGAUCUAAUCUUGUUCUCCUACAUCAAGGAGCAUGGUCCAGGAAAAUGGAAUGAUGUUCCUGUCAAGACCGGUCUCAUGAGAUGCAGCAAGAGCUGCAGGCUCAGGUGGACAAACUACCUGAGGCCAGGAAUCAAGCGUGGCAACUUCACCGAUCAAGAGGAUAGAAUGAUAGUUCACCUCCAAGCUCUCCUUGGCAACAGAUGGGCUGCCAUAGCUUCUUAUCUACCUGAAAGGACUGACAACGACAUCAAGAACCACUGGAACGCCCAUCUGAAGAAGAAGCUCAGGAAGCUCGAUGCUGAUGCCGACGUCUCGAAGAGCGGCAGCAAGAAGCAUUCCAACGAGCAGUCCAUCUCCAGAGGACAGUGGGAGAGGUGUCUCCAAACCGACAUCCACAAGGCGAAGCGAGACUUGUGCGACGCCUUGUUGAUCGAGAAGCCGAGCUCCCCGCCUCACUCCAAGUUCCCCUCCGACGCCAGCAGCAGCACGCCGUGCGCAUCGAGCACGGACGACAUGGCCGGGCUUCUCCAAGGCUGGACCACCGAUGACUCGCCGAAACCCGGAGAUUCAUCCUCCAGCCAUCGGUUUGCCGACUCCAUGAGCGAGGUUUGGGCGGACCAAGCACCACUCAUCCUGUUCGAUCCGUGGUUCUUUGACGACAGCUCGGCGCAGGGGCAAGAGAAGCUUUUCGGCAUGGCGAUGGAUGAAACAGCUGAAUUGUUUUAAGAAAUUGCUGUCGCUUCUCGAGUCCUUGUCUUCUUCCGACGCAUUACCAUCGCAGAUUUCAAAGGUGUAGGACAUGGAACUGUCACUUGUGACGAACCUAUAUAAAAAGAUCCAAUACAGUGACUAAUAAGCACAUUUGAA